AUGCUACUGCUGACACAAACAUUUCCAGCGUUUUAAAUUUUACGAAAAACAUUACUUUUUAAAAUAAUAGUACCUAAAAAAUUUACUUUGCGAAGCAAGACCACAUAAACCGGAUUUUAUUAUUUACAGAGUUUGCAAGGCUACGAGAUUCUUUGACUGUUCUAGAGUUUGUGUAUGCUUGGCUUGUAAAACUAUUUUUUUUUCUGCAGCUCUUCUAAAGCUGAAGACGAUGCUUGCUCUAGCAAACAGUGCACUGCGAUCGCAGUCUGUUUUGUGGUCCAGUUUGCGGAGUAUGCGCACUUCUUCCACGAUUUUGACGGAAAAAUUCCGCGGGACUCCUAAAUCACCUCCGGACACGGAUAAAGGCGAAAAGUACACUCCAUCGGAUUUCCGUGAAUCAGCUGGUUCGGGUGUGCCACGUUCCGGGGAUGACUUCUUCGACCGUAACAAGAAGCUUAAUCGGCCCCUGUCUCCCCAUUUGACCAUCUAUCAGACACAGUUACCCAUGAUGAUGUCCGGUACUCAUCGUGCCACGGGUUUGAUUUUAGGAUUGCAGUUGGGGGUGGUGUCUCUAGGAAUUCUUCUUGCGCCGCAGCAUUUUGAUUAUUACGUGGAAGUCAUCCGGAGUUGGCAGAUGAAUGACAUACUGGUUUUCGUCGGGAAGUUUGGUGUUGGUUGGUUGCUAAUGUACCAUUACUUCAACGGGAUUCGUCAUUUAGCCUGGGAUAUGGGCAAAGGAUUCGCGCUGCCGGACUUGUAUAAAACUGGCUAUGUAGUGCUUGCGCUGUCCCUUCUGUCCGCAGCUUAUUUGGCUACGCAGUAAUGUGAGCGGACUAAUUUGGAUGGGAUUAUUGAAGUUGUCUAGGUUCUGGAGGGAUCGAAUGGAUUGCUGCUUAAACUGCUAGAAUUUUAAUAUGAAAGUUACAGUUAAGUAAAUGUGUAAUUAAUUAGUUCAUUGAUGAUUUGUGUUAGAUAUUAAUUAUUGUUAUUUUAUCUGUUUAUCAGAAAAAAAUGAAAUUAAUUGCGUAAUAAAAUUCCUGAGCAGACAAUGCUUGUGCUUUUCCGU